AUGCCCUCUACCUACAGCUGCAAUGACAAUAGAGACAGUUUGGCAGCACCACAGUGGAAUACUAACAAUGGUUCGACGACAGAGUACAACUUGGCACUCAAAUUUCCCACUGACUACCAAAGGAUAGAUGAUCCAUUGACAGAAAGGGAUCAAGUAUACGAGCUGUGUUUCAAUGGCUACUUCAACGAGAUCGGAAGUAUGCUUACCAACAUAUAUGCUAUGGAAUGCAAGCAAAUGUUUGGACACAUUUCCCGGACACUGGAAAGAGCUUCAACAACUCCCGACGGCAUGUGGCCACCGGAAUACUCCACCGACAAAACAACAGCCACUGGAAGUAAGCACCAUGAUCCCCACAACUGUGGGUGGAAUGAUCCUAGUUCGGGUGAGAUGGCAGAAGAUCCAUACAACUGUGGAUGGGGCCAGACCAUUGUGCAAUCAGGCAUUCUGCAAUCGGGCGAGUCUCCCACAGAUCCUUAUGAUUGCAGUUCGGAUGAUCUGAUGGAUGAUCAAGGUGUCCUGCAAUCAGGUGGGUCGCUGGCAGACGUUUAUGACUGCGGUUGGGAUGAUCCUAUGGAUGAUCAAGGCAUCCUGCAAUCUGGUGAGUCAGAGGCAAAUGCUGAUGACUGCAUAUGGCAUUCCCUUAUGCUUCAUGAACCUAUUGUUGUUUGUGUGGCCAAGUCUGUCGAAGACCCAUAUGAUGUGGGAUGGGACAAUGACAUGAAUGGGACGGUUGCCUCUCUGGAUGUGAUGGAGGGAUAUUGUGGUAUGGAUGCAUCCCAAGAUGAAAGGUCGGUAGGCAAGGAUCCAUAUGACUGUGGAUGGGAUGCUCCAGAAGUCGGAGGACAAAUCGUGACUGGCGGUGAUACUGCAAAUCAGUUUGCCUAUUGUAGCGCGGAAGCCGAUCAAUGGCCAAGUUCGCUUCCAGAAAAUGAACUGAAUGUCUUUGAGUAUGCAGAACACUCCAUGCAGUGCACCAUCCAAAUCUUGCAAAACAAGCGGGAUGAUAAUUUUGACCUCAAUGGAAACACAAUGGUACCACCUGCCGGGCAUGUUUGCGACCCCAUGUCCACACCGACAUGCAUCACAACUCAAGGCUGUAUGAAGAAAUACUCAGAAGCAACGAAUAGAGUGACAGAACUGGGUAAUGAAGUCGCCACCGUCCACCGUUUACUGAAUGUCUACUGCCGCAUUAUGACACAGUUGGACUCCAUGAUAGCACACUGCAAACAGGAGUGA